UUAAAAACAAUAUAUGCCCCUAUGAAUAGGGCUGUACCAUUGUCUAAAAAAGUACUUUUACAGGGUACUCGUUCCGCUUCAUUAUUGUGCGUAGGGGUGAAACCUUUAGGAAACGUCGCUGAAACUUAACUACGAAUGCUGUGUUUUAUGCAUAUACGCCCACCAGGCUUUCUGCAUAGUUCGAAGUUAAACAUCCAGGCACUAUUGAUCAGGUCGUGCUAUGCCCCUCCCCCACGGGGCACAAUGGUUCGUUCCCGUCGUUUAGCUUUCCGAACUUGAAGCCCCGAAGUAGAGAGGAGCGGCGCACCGUGGGCGGCCGGUGUGGGAGUCUCUCUUCGCGGAUCGGGCAUGACUGGCAGCAGAGGCACGGACGGCACCCCCUGAAGCGCCUCCACGGAGCAGCGGCGACAUGGCCCAUGCUGUGAGCUUUGACGCCCUGGAUCCCAUGGCGGAGAGCCCGGUGGAUGAAAACCAGGUGCACUCCUCCUUCUACCAGCUGAUCAAUGAGCAGAGCCACCUAGAGGAGGGGCUGGCGGAGGAGGGGCUGGAGUUGGAGGGGCUGGAGUCGGAGGGGCUGGCGGAGGAGGGUCGGGAUGCUGUGGGCUACCUACCAGGCCCGUUGGCACCACUGCUGGACCAGCCGUGGUCCGCCGCCACUCUCAGGGUGCUGUCGGCCAUGCCGAGCCGAACCAUCGGCCGGAGUCGGGGGGCCAUCCUAUCGCAGUACUACAACCGCACCCUUCAGCUACGCAGGCGGCGCUCCACCCGGCCCACCCUGCAUGACUUCUCCCGCACGGUGCGGCCCAGCAUCCGCGGCUACCGCAUAGAGACCGACUCCGGAGACGAGAACAGGAGGGACCAGCUGGUGAACAACCUGCAGAUCCUGCCGGCCAGCGAUCGCAUGCGCAUGCUGCGGGCCAUGCCGAUCAGCCUCGCCGAGAAGAGCGAGCUGAGGAGGCAAGCGUUAUGUUACAAGGAGGGACAGACAUCCCUCAGCGGACAGAUUCCCUGCUGCAGCAACCUCAAGUACUACGUCAUCAUCGCCCUGCGGCAGGGCUGGUACAGCUGGCUCUCCGUGCUGCACUCCCUGCAGCCAUGGAAGAUGGCGCUGAAGCGUGUGAGCGGCCGCUUCGGCACGGGCGUGCUGUCCUACUUUGUCUUCCUCCGGACCCUGCUGCUCUUCAACGUCCUGCUCCUCUUCAUCAAUGGCUUCUUCCUAGUCAUCCCACAGGCAGUUCACCCCCCACUCCUCACCAGCGCCCCCGUGAAAUUCACAGGGCUGGAGCUCGUCACCGGAGCUGGACGCUUUUCCAGCUCUGUGAUGUAUUACGGUUACUACACCAACUCUGCUCUGAUGGGAAGCUGCCAGCAGAACAGCACAGGGGCCCUGAGUCCUCAGUGCGCCUCCGAAACCUUUGGCCUGGACUACAAAAUGCCGCUGGCCUACUUCUUCACCGUCGGUAUUGCCUUCUUCAUCACCUGCAUCAUCCUCGUUUACAGUAUGUCAAAAUCGUUUGGGCAGAGUUUCCGUGUGGACAAACCACAGGGCAGCCUGGCCCUCAAGGUCUUCUGCUCCUGGGACUUCAGGGUCAUCAAGAAGACGUCCAUGAAGCUGCAGGCCGAGAAUAUCAGCACACAGCUCAAGGAGCUGCUGUCGGAGCUGAGCUGUCGGCAGGAGCGCCGGGGCCUGGCACAGAGCUUGGCGCGGCACCUCGUGCACCUUCUCGCCUGGCUCAUGUGCAUCGGCAGCACCGUGGCCUGCAGCCUUGCUGUCUACUACUUCUCAGAGUACCUGCACAAGAAGUGGGUGGCAGAACAUGGCCCGCUAGAGGAGGCCAGCCCGCUGGAGGAGGCCAGCUUGCUGGCGCUGCCUGUGGUCGUGUCCAGCUUCAACCUUCUGCUGCCCGGAUUCUUCAACACCGUGGCCUGGAUGGAGCAGUAUGACUCGCCCAGCGUGCUCACCUACGUCUCCAUCUUCAGGAACCUCUUGCUGAAAGUGUGCCUCCUAGUGGUGCUGUGCUACCAUUGGCUGGGCCGGAUCGCCGCUGGUCCAAAAGAGUUAAAACUGAAGUGCUGGGAGAGUUUUGUGGGCCAGGAGAUGUAUCGCUUCCUCAUCAUGGACUUCAUCUUCACCAUGCUGGACACCUUCUUUGGAGAAUUCCUCUGGAAGAUUUUCUCCCAGAAGGCCCUGAAGAGGAAGAGGAAGCCCGUGUUUGACAUCGCUCGGAAUGUCCUGGAGCUUAUCUAUGGACAGACACUCGCCUGGCUGGGAGUGUUGUAUGCCCCCCUGCUGCCUGCUGUUCAACUCAUCAAACUUCUGCUGCUGUUCUACAUGAAGAAGACCAGCCUGAUGAUGAACUGCCAGGCCCCCCGUAAGCCCUGGAGAGCCACCCAGAUGACCACCUUCUUCAUCAGCCUCCUAUGCUUCCCGUCCUUCGUGGGGGCGGCCGUGUCCGUCACCUAUACCAUGUGGACGAUUAAGCCCUCGGAGCAGUGCGGACCUUUCCAGAACCUGACCACCAUGUUCCAGUCAGGAAAGCUGUGGGUACAGCAGUUGGAAAAGCAGAAUCCCAGGCUGGCCUGGCUUGCCUGGGUGCACGCCUACCUGGUGGAGAACCCGCUCUUUCUCUUCGUGUCUGCCGGAAUCUUCCUGGUUGUCAUUUAUUUCCACACCCAAGUGGUCGACGGUCAGCGGAAGAUCAUCGACCUCCUGCAGGAGCAGAUCGAGAAUGAGGGGUUCGACAAGAAGUUCCUCAUCACCAAGCUGCAGGCUAUCCACGAGCAGAAACGUCCACGGCAGAGACCGAAGGCGGCAGGAAGUGAGGGCUCUGAUGUGGACGAGUGACGCUCUGCCCCACGUGCCGACCUCUGCCUGUUUGUGAUCACAGUUGCUAAAUGUGACCUUCUCCCCUCUUGUGAGGAGGACUCAGGACUGCCCCCAACAGGCCAGCAAAAUCUCAUCAGAGACCGAAAUGUACUUUUUUUCAAAACUGACUUUUUGAGCAACUGCGUUUUCCAGGACUAAAAUCAGUCCCCAUGUUACCUCUCAUUUCCCUUUUAUUCUUUAGAAUAGAAGUAGUGACCUGGUACAAUUUCCACUAGAGGGGGACAGUGAGUGAGACAUUUUAUAUACCUUAAUGGAUAUUUUGUAAAUGUGACUACUGAACAUUGAGCUGUUUCAGUACCAUUUAUAGUUUUAUGUUGUAUGUUUUUUUUAGAAUACUGUGAAUUGUACAUAAAUGGUGUUUUUCCUUCUGUAAAAAUAAAUCAAUGUGUUUAUUUGAUGAGAGGAAAAUAAAAGGGUGAACUGUUGGUGAA